UGACGUCAGUGUUCCUCGUAGUUGGGCCGAGUGUACGGGAGUGCGCUACGGUCGAGUUUAAUUCGGAUUUAAUUCGGGUUUAACUGUAUCUACGGACCACUUACGUGGUCAGAGGCUGUACAGGGGCCGCUGUGUGCCAGGGGCCGCUGGUAGCGGUGUGCGGAGGGGCUGCGGCGGGUUUAGAGGCCGGUGGUCUGAUGGCGUGUUCCGCGGAGCUGCGACUCUGAUUGGUGGGAUGUUUGCUCGGGCGGUGCUGAGGACGGCGGCCUGCGAGGGACACGCGCUGAUAAAUCCCACUCCCUCCUCUGUAAGGCCGUUUACACGCAGCCUGGCGCUCCUGUCAUCCUUACUGCUGUCCAGAAACCACAGCUUUUCUGUGAAAAUGCCGGAGAUAGACACAGGUAAACUGGACCAGAAGCAGGUCCAGCUGCUGUCUGAGAUGUGUAUCCUGAUAGAUGAAGAUGACAGGAAGACUGGAGCUGACACCAAGAAGAACUGCCACCUCAACUCCAACAUAGACAAAGGUCUUCUUCACAGAGCUUUCAGUGUUUUCCUGUUUAACAGCGAAGAGAAGUUGUUGUUACAGCAGAGAUCUGAUGCCAAGAUUACUUUCCCAGGAUGUUUUACUAAUACGUGCUGCAGUCACCCCCUGUACACCCCGGAGGAGCUGGAGGAGGGGGCCGCUGCUGGAGUCAGGAAAGCUGCACAGAGGAGACUGCAGGCUGAGCUCGGCAUUCCCAUGAACCAGGUGCCUCCAGAGGAGAUGACCUACCUGACUCGCAUCCACUACAAGGCCCAGUCUGACGGGGUGUGGGGGGAGCACGAGAUCGACUACAUCCUGUUCCUGCAGAAAGACGUGGAGCUGCAGCCGGACCCCAACGAGGUGAAGAGCCACUGCUACGUCUCCAAAGAGGAGCUGAAGGAGCUGCUGGAGAAAGCCAAGAGGAAGGAGGUGCUGAUCACGCCCUGGUUUAGCCUCAUCGCAGACACCUUCCUCUUUAAGUGGUGGGACAACCUCCAGAACCUCAAACAGUUCAUGGAUCACGACCGAAUCCACCGCAUGUGAUCCGGCGCUGCACCAGACUCUCACAGCAGCAGCCAGCUUCAACACAGUUCACCACUGCUGCAGAGCACAGAGCAUCUGCAGAGCAUGUGUUUAUUAGCAAGAGCAGACUUUCAGAGAGAACUUCAAGUUUGUACAGGUUAAAGGUGUUCAGAUAGGUAACUUUAAGACGUAGGCCUGUCACGAUAAUUACAUUAUCGAUUUAUAACGCAAUAUAUGGACGUGACCUUAAAUAUUUUUGCUGAUCCAUUGUGUUUAUUUAGCGAGGAGAUCUCAGUUAAGGCAAUUAAGCAGCCAGUAAUUUUGACAUUGUUUAAAUGAAACCUAACAAAAUGAAACAUUUGUUUAAGUCUGAAUACAGAAUACAGUUUUUCACAGGUUUUCAUUCAAUUUACCACUUUUUUAAAUUGAAUAUCCAUGUAUUGAAUAGCUUUAAAGGAAUCUUGACAGGAAAAUCUUUACCCAAAAUGAUGUUUGUGCUAUUUUCGGACAAAUAUUGUCAGUUGCCAAAUAUUUGGUUCAUCCUCAGUUUAUUUUUAUAUUUAUUUCAAAUAUUUAAACAUUUUUGAAUUACAAUUUUAGUAUAUAUAAUUUUUAAAUGAUUAAAACAUCAUUGCUUGUUAAAAGGGUGUAAUUGCAAAAAAAUAUUAUGUUAUUAUAUUAUCAUUAAGAACCAGUGAAGCAAAAUUAUCUUAAAAAAUAUUUAAAAAAUUAUUUAUUACAAUUAUUUCUUGGACAGCAUAUUUAAAAAAAAAAAAAAAAGAUUAUCGUGACGGGCCUAAAGGCAUGCUUACUAUGUUAACAUAAGCUUGUUUCUCAACGAUGUCACAAGUUAAAGCAUCUUAUUAAGUCUCAAACAUUUUAUUCUUUGAUUAGAAAGGAAAGCUUGUGCACAUCAAUUGGCUGGAUAAAAAUCACAGAAAAUACACCACCGGUGCACAAGUGCUGUGGUUCUCGUAUCAUAUGUUUUAAAGCACUUCUGGAUAUAAUUUCAGUCUUUUUAAAAACACUGUAAUAAUGUAAACAGUAGCUAAUCCUCACCAGCAGCUGAAUGCUAAUGUCUUCAGUGCCUGUUUUCUGUUAGGAGACCCUGCAUUUGAGAGUAAUGUGUAGUGGACACCACUACUAGAGUUUACAGUGGAGAUAUUGUAUAUUCAUGUAAAAUAAUUUGUAGAUGAAUAAAGCUAUUAAAUAUC